AUGGCCAGUCGUCGGGGAGGGUCCCCCUCCUCGGGAUGGUCUUGGACUGUAGCUGCAGAGGCCGCCGUCUCUCGGGGGGGAGGAGACGGCUUUGUGUCGCUCCUCUCCGUCGAUUCGCAGACGAACCCCUCGAUCCCCGGUUUCCGUCGGCGCGCGGCGCGUCAGAGGCUGAAUAUGAGGAGCGGGGACGCGUCGUCUCAGAACCACGAAUUCGUUCUUCUCGUUUCCCCGAACCGGCCGCUCACCUACCAGACUGAACCGUUCAAGGUGAAACGUAACCGGCUAAGCGGAAGAGAAGAACAGACACGUAGGCUAAGAGACGACGUGACCGUUCCUCGCAGGAUGGCCAGUCGUGCAGAGGGCACUGUAAACAAAAAAACAAACAAAAAAACAAACAAAAAAAAGAAUACACAGGCAGUGUAG